GGGGAAGGAAGGAGUUCACCGCACCGCUACUCUCACAUUUGUCUAUACACUUGUCUCUCUUGCCGUCUAAUGCUGUCUUGCCUUGUCUAGUCUGCUUUUGAUAUUUGACGUUUGACAUUUGACAUCUAGCAAGCCAUUCUCGUAGACUUCCCUUUUUCCAUCGUGUUCUACACACACACACACACACACACACACACACACACCUACACUCUUGACAAAUUUUCAUGUUAGAACGUGCUCGUAUUAUGCAAUUUUUACCAAAAUAGUGCAAAUUGGACGUUAAAGCGUUAAAGAGGGGAUUCUGGGGCUCCAGAUUUGCGCUAAUUCUACGGUCGUCUGAAGUAAUCAACGAACUUGGCUGGUGGCUCAUGGGCAGAUCUACCGGACCUUCUAUACAGAUCUCACACGCACGCUUCACUUUAUUCUUCCCUCAACCAUAUACAUACUAUUUUGCCCAUAUUUUAUACUCUAAUUUCCUUUUGCCUCUUUUAUAAUUUCACUGUGUAUAUUUUAUUAUCUGCCCGAGGUCAGCAAGAUCAUUAAUCGGCUGCGCGUUUCCGGGAAGGUACGAUUAGAAGCUCGCGCAAUAUAAUCGCAGCCCUGGAAGUCAAAUUAUCCUUUGCAAGAACGAGCCCACCAGUCCUAUAAACGAUUCGAGCCUCGGCCCUCACUUCCUGCGAAUCCGUCAUUCCAUUCGCUACUCGGAUUGUUCAUGCAAUCCUAUUUGCAUGGUCUAGCUAGAACCUCUACUGCGCUCGAGUCAAUCUGCACCUGCAUGCCUUGUAUGCUAUGAAUCUCUGCCUGGCAGUUCAAUGUAUGCGAUACGUUUAGUGGCUCAAUGGAACUAUGACCGAGAUCGCAGAUACCUACUUUGAUCCCGAUGACGUCGGUCCGCGCGACAGUCCUAUAUUAAAAGCGAUGCACAUUAAUAUCAGACCCUCUCCUCCCCCAGAGGUUCAUCCGCCUCCUCCCAUCAGUCCCGAAGCCGGUCCGGACGGACGCAGAGGUGAGAAAUGGCCUAAGAGUCGCGCUUGUCAAGCUGAUGCUGUACUUGUGGGUUUGAUGGGGGGAGGGAAACGUCCUGACAUUGCGCGGUAUGCUGGAAAUGAGGCGUUGCCCUCGGAUGAGGGUGAGGGAGACGAAAGUCCCAUCAGAGGCACGGCGGUGGAAAUCCCGGGACGUGAUAUUCCUCCUGGAACAGCUGAUCUUGAUAUUGCCCAGAAGGCAGUUGAUAUGAUAAAGCGCACAUUUCCGGAGUCUCGAAAUAAUUCGCUGGGUGCCGCUGGGGAGGCUCUUGAAGCUAAUAAGGUGCCCGCAAAUGGGAAUGCCAACACAAAUUCACAAGCACAGGAUGCUAUAGAUAUAGAAAGAGCACGAUUACGUUCCAUUUCCCAUGAAUUAUAUCAAAAUGCUACGGUACAAGGAAGUGGCAUAGAGGAAACACACUCUACCCCACCUAACGAUCCUGGAGGUCUCCCACCUAUGCUCCACUCUUCACCUCAAUCCGGCUCUACAAAUAGCAAUGGGUGUCAACAUAUUAAAUUACCAUCAAUAGCAGAAUCAUUGAAACAGCUUGUUGAGGAACCACUACCCAAUCCCAAUGAAGCUUCAUACUCCCAAUCUCCCGGAAGAUCUAUCUCACGAUUUCCUCCUGGACCCGGAGUAGCAUCACCAGGUAACUCUCCAAAUGGCCUUCGGAGAGAUAUUAUGUCCCCCUCGGGACCAUUAUUCAAUCAAUUUUCGACGAACAAUUCGAGGCGACUUUCAACGUCUGAAGGGCGUCCAUACGGCAUGACGGCGGAUUACAGCAGCGGGAGUAAUGCGGAAACGCCAAGUACUGAUCAAUCAGCUUCAACUCCUGCUACUAUGGCUAUUGAUCGUAUGAGUAUAGAUGGGAUUACGAAUCCACAGAUUGGAGGGUAUCAGUGCACUUAUCCGGGGUGUCUUGCUGCGCCUUUUCAAACUCAGUAUUUAUUAAAUUCCCAUGCAAAUGUACAUUCUUCCAAUCGACCACAUUAUUGUACGGUAAGAGGAUGUUCGAGAGCCGAGGGGGGAAAGGGGUUCAAGAGGAAAAAUGAAAUGAUUAGACAUGGUUUGGUUCAUGAUAGUCCGGGUUAUGUGUGUCCUUUUUGUCCGGAAAGAGAACACAAGUAUCCAAGGCCGGAUAAUCUGCAAAGACAUGUAAGAGCACAUCACACGGAUAAAGAUAAAGACGACCCGCUCUUGCGAGGAGUGCUCGCGCAAAGACCGGAAGGUCCUAGUAAAGGCAGAAGACGUAGAGGUGGCAAUUAAAAGCCACUUGGCGGAGUGGUGGCAGUUAAGGGAGAAAAGGAGAGCGGAGUCAAAAAUCGAAAAAAAAUAAAGAGCUUAGCUAUCUAUCUAUAUAUGGGUCGGAUUAUUUCUUCACGCAUGACAAAUUGCAUUUGCAAAUUCUCUUGCAAAAAGUCAUAAAGCGGAGUGGUGUUUCAUUAGGGAGGUCUUUUUUUUUUAUUGCGUUUGCUCUACUGGGUGAACUUUUACCUAGCAACGACGAACGCGCGCGCAUAAACUUUUUAUGACUUGAUGGUUAUGGAUUCCGAUUUGGAUUCGGAUUCGAAUGGGUUGGGUUGGAUGAAUGGAGUAUAGGAGGCACUUUUUGAUACCAGAAAUGGAUUUAGGGGGUGUUUUUUGUUGUUUUUGUUACUUUUUUUUUCCUUCUUUUUUUCGCCAAUGGAAUGGAAUUGAAUGGAAUGGAAUUGAGCUUUGCUCUUUAUUCUUGUUCUUGUUCUUUUCUCUCUCUCUCUCUCUCUCUCUCUCUCGUUUUCUUCUCGCUUCGCGAGAUUGGGGAAAUUGGAUAUUGGAAAUGGGGGAAGUGGGAGGGGGAGGGGGAUAUUGGAUAUGGGGAGUGAGUGAGUGAGUGGGUGGUUGGGUGGUUGGGCGAAUGACUGGAUGGAUGAGUAGGUGGAUGGAUGAAUGGGUGGCUGCUUGGAUGCUUGGAUAGAUGGAUUGAGUAGCAGGAUUCUUCGGUUUCAUGUCUAUGUAUGCUACAUACUACUCACUACCCAGUUUAUUCUUAAACUUCAGAUUCGUUAAGAGAGCAAUUUGAGACUCUAGAAGUGUAUGGAUGGAUGUAUUUUGAAGUGUGGAUUUCAAUCGCUCGUAGGAAUAAAAGACA